CCCCGGCGGUGAUGCUGGCUGGUAAAUCAGGCGGUGGGUCUGCAUCCCCCGGGGCUGGGGGAAGCCGGCUCAGACAAAAGGCUGUGGGCAGGGCAGCGGCCACCGCCCCGGGGUACCCCUACACCUCCGGUACCUGGUUUGGGGGUGCGGCCCGCCGGAGAGGGGGGUCACCCAGUCAGAGGGAUGUUAUUGAGUGGAAUCGGGGGAAAUGCGGGGAAAUGCGGCGGUGGGCGCCCGGCUCCCCAUUGGCCGGGCCGGUCACAUGCCCGCCUAACUUUAUUCAGUUGACAGCAAGUAGGAGGGCUCUAUGGCAGGGGAAAAAAAGACAACACGAGAAAAAUUAGUAUUUUCUACCUUCAGAAAUUAAUGGCCAUGAGUUCGUAUAUGGUGAACUCUAAGUAUGUGGAUCCCAAAUUUCCUCCUUGCGAGGAAUAUUUGCAGAAUAGCUACCUAGGCGAGCAGGGGGCCGAGUACUACAGUGCCUCGCAAGGCUCUGAUUUCCAGCACCAGGGACUCUAUCCACGGUCAAACUACAGCGAGCAACCCUUUAGCUGUAGCAAUGCCCAAGGCUCUGCCGGGCAGCCGCGGGGUCACGGACAGGAGCAAUCCGGCCCGGCAAGCCACUUCCCCGGCCCAGCAGAGCAUUGUCCACCGCCUCCAAUGUCCAACUCGCGAGCCUGCAGCCAGCAGCCGGCCCUCAAACCCCCAAACGGCUCCGCAGUUAAGCAGCCAGCAGUAGUUUAUCCCUGGAUGAAGAAAGUCCAUGUAAACUCGGUGAAUCCCAAUUACAACGGAGGGGAACCUAAACGCUCCCGCACAGCUUACACCAGACAGCAAGUCCUAGAACUGGAAAAAGAAUUUCAUUUUAACAGGUACCUGACCAGGCGCCGCCGUAUCGAGAUAGCCCACACUUUGUGUCUCUCUGAGCGCCAGAUCAAGAUCUGGUUUCAGAACAGAAGAAUGAAGUGGAAAAAAGACCACAAACUGCCCAACACGAAGGGCAGGUCUUCUUCAUCUGGUUCAAACCCCCAUUUACAAACUGGUUCCAAGGACCAUCAGACUGACUUGACAACUUUGUAGAAGAGGUGAAAUUUUCCAUUUCAUCCUUCGCUUCUGACCAGUACUGUACAUAACUGACACUGCCCAAGCAGAACCUGCAUGUAGCAGCUAAGGACACGAGAAACUGUCAUCUUUCUUUAAGGUACUGUUGUACAAAGGAGACAAAAUGACGCUACUUUGGACUUUAUUUUAUUUGCCUCUUCUAGCACAACUUAAAAAAGGAAAACAAAAAAAGGGGAAAGAAAGAGAAAGGGGAAAGAAAAAAAAAAAACCAAACCAUCACGCAGGCAGUGGGAAUUGGGAAAAUAUUAAAUGAGACCUUCUGUCCUUAAAAAGUAAUAAAUCAUUGAAAAUGAAACUGUCCUGUGUUUCAGUUUUGAAUUCGAAAGUGAAGAUUGGAUGCUUUAUUCUGGGAUUUAUACUUUUAAUUGUCUUUUUAUCCCAUGUAAUUUGGGCACGGAUGCAUUUUGGGCAAGUUGAGGACAGGAAAUUCAUAGUAUAGUCUUUUAUUUGAACAUAAAGACUAUUAAAUGUGAACUUUUUUUGUGCUGCUUUACCUUUCUUGGUGUGAUGAAAAUACUUGCUCAUUUCCAUAACGUCUCAGAAGGUGUGCAUAGGAAUUAAGUGAAACCGGGUUAUUUUAUGUUCUGAUAGUGUUAGCGUAUUUAUUUAUUUGUUACAUAGAAGAGUGAAGACAAAAAGAAAAAUAGUCAAACCAAAAACGGGGAAAAGGAGCUGAAAUACAGUAUUUCUCCUUCCCAAUCUCAUCAACACAUAUGUAAUGUUUACUUGUCUUGAACGUACACAACUUUCUUGUCCCCCCUUUUUUUAUUAUUUUCCUCCUUUGUGAAUAGGAAAAGCGUCCCUGCUCCUUAUCGUGUGCCAUCCAGAGCUUACAGGCUUGAAAUCUGUUUCCAAAGUCUGCUGCUCAGCGCUGUGCUUUAAACCAUCAAUACCUCAUUUUAAAAAUGGAAAGGGAAAAAAAAUGAAAAAAAAGAGGGGAGACCACAAAAAACACCUCCCCCCAAAAAAAAACAAACCCAAACCCCAACAAACUCGAAACAAACAAUAGAACUACCACUGUCACAAAAAAAAAGUGAAAAGUUAAUGUGAUUUCUGAUAUAACCUGAGCCAUUCAAAGCUGAAAACUGAAUACAUUAUUUCAAGCAGAUUUCAAAUUUCUUUUCUGCUAAAGAGAGAUAGGCUAUGUUGGCUGCUGUCUUGUUUUGUUUUAGGUUUAUUUUGGUCUGUUGGAUUUUUGUGGUUUGGGUUUGUUUAGGUUUUUGGUGUUGUUGUUUUUUGUUUGUUUUAAGAACGCUGAUUGUUUUUAAGCAAACCACGACACAUGACUGCAACGGUUGGAAAGCUCAGCAAGUUGCUUUCAUGGAAAGAGGAAAGGCUUGCAUGGGAAUAGAGCUCGUCUAAUACUCACUGAUUUGGCCCUCACUGCUGGUUGCCAAAGUUUUAGUGCGCUGUAACUACGAAAGCCAACCAAACCAGCUCCCUCAGCCACUUACACCUCCGCUCAGGCGAUUUUAAAGCUCAGCCCUUAUCUCCUGUACCCUCAGGGCAGCCUGGGAGAGAAACCAUAUAGUCGAAAUUGUAACGAGGUGGUCCCUUCAUUAAAGAGAAAAGGGGCAAAGAAUGAAACUCAUACCAAAACUGAAGGGAGGUGGAAAGAGCAGGGGCUGAGUUAACGUGCCCUUCUCCAGGCUGGGUGCUUCCCAUCGAGGACUCAAGGCUUUUGGUCUCUCUCUGGAAAACAGCGGCCAAAAUGGGAUUAAAUGAAUUCGAAAAUAAAAAGCGAACUUUUCAACAAGGGUGUAUCCAGCAGUGUUAACUGUGGCCAGCAGUUAAUUUCUGCCUUUUUCUCGUUCCUAGAAGUCCACAAAGUGUCUUUAAGACUUGGCCUUUUGUUUUAGAGCCUGGAGAAAACUCUUUGUUCUUCCUUAGGGUUAGCCCAGUUCUCAGACUUGCACAUGGCAAUACUUGAAUAUCUCCACGUCGUGAUAUUAAAGAUGGAUAUUCCCGCAUUAUUCGCAUCAUUGUUUCUAUGACAAAAAGCACCGAGUUCAUACAUAGUAAAGACGUCUUUUUUUCUGGCGCCUUCACGUUGAGAAGCUGAAAAGGUAUUUUACUGAAGUUCGGCUAAAUUGCAGGAACAGGUUCACCCAGAGGACAAAUUUUCUAUUCGAUUAGUUGUAUUUCAGCCGGGAAGAGUGACCUCUAAACCCUUAACCUUUUGGACCCAAAAUACCCUUCCCUUUCUCUGGUAUGGAGAGCAGCUAGCAGCAGGGCUUGAGGAGGGAAUUCCUGAGACAAGUUUUCAAGUUUUGUUACACCAGGUUCCUACGGUAGUGGCCUUUCCUCUCCAGAGCUGUUCAAAGCCAUCCUUUCACUCUUCAGACGAAUCUACGAAAAUAAAGGGGGGG